AUGCCCUUCUCGCAGAUGUUCCCACAGUACCAGGACUCCACGUUCGAGAACCAAUCACAACAAUGGGAUGAAGUCGACUUCACCACCGUCCCGCUCUCGGGCGACAAUUAUAAUGAUAAACGCAUGAAGGAGGCAACCUUUUACGACAUUAACACCAUCCCCGCCGACCCCCAGAAUGCACCCUCACCCAACUUCUCUCAGUUUUUGAACUUUGAUACCUCAGAUGUCGCCUCAUACUCCGUCCCCAGCGAAGACUUCUCGCCGGACAAUGCGUACAAACCCUCGCCAAAUUCAUCCACCAUCUCCCGGCAGUUGUCGGCAGGUUAUCCUCUGAAGACCGAACCUGAUCUUAAUCAGAACGACUACUUCCCUUGCGGCCUCCCCAAUGCCCAGGGAGAAGACUGCAAUGCCCAUCGAUCUGGCUCUGAUCCAUGUUGUCUGCAACUGACCAGCCUGCCUGAAAUUGAAGACUGCAAUGCCGCCCCGUGUCAGUCCACCAAUCCCGACUCACUCCCCGAACAGAAGUAUGGUUCAAGCAAAGUCCACUCGUACUCGGGCGACCUGGCUCCUCCAGCUCCAAAAAUUAAGGAGGAGCGGGAGAAGAAACCGCGAAGCAAACGGGGCCAUAAGGGCUCUUCGAGUGAAGACGAAUCGGCCCAGCUCCGCGCCAAACAAGCGCAUUCCGUCGUCGAACGACGAUAUCGUGACAAUCUCAACGGCAAGAUCAUGCAACUGCAUCGAGCCUUGAGUACUGCCGAGUCGACCUCGCGCAUCAAUGGUACGCAGGCACAAGAUUUCUUCACCCCCCGAGACCACCGGGCCAAGGUGCGUAAGUCUGAUGUGAUGACGGAUGCGAUGAACUAUGUCCAUCAAUCCGAGGUGGAGAUCCGUCACAUGUCGGACGAGAUCACGCGGCUCAACGACCGGGUUCGAGCGCUGGAGAAGCUGGUCAAAUGUGAAGACUGCACCCUCCUCAAGCAGAUGGUGCGACUGCAAAUCCAGCAGCAGCAGCAACAGCAACAACAUCAGCUGUCUCAAUGA